AUGGAUAGUGAGAGCCCUGCUUCGGAAGGCAUGGAACCCGAAUACAAAGUCGUCGUCCUAGGAGAUGGUGCGGUUGGCAAGACGUCACUCAUUAGGCGAUACUGCGAACAGGGCUUUGACCAAAGCUACAAGCAAACCAUAGGCCUUGACUUUUACUCGAAGAAGGUGGAGAUACCCGGAGGGCGGUCCGUCGGACUGCAGAUUUGGGAUAUUGGUGGACAGCAGAUUGGGGGAAGUAUGCUUGCAAACUACUUGCAUGGCGCCGAUGCCGUCUGUUUUGUGUACGACGUGACGAAUCCCGUCUCCUUCAAGAAUGUUGAGGAAUGGCACCAGUGCGUCCUUGCAUUAAUGUUAAAAGAAAAGGAGCUAAAGCCGAUGAUGGUGCUUGCUGGAAACAAGACGGACUUGCCAAACCGACAAAUCUCGGCGGAGACGCAUGGACGGGCAGCAGAUGCGUACAAUAUGCAUCCUCUUCUCAUCUCUGCACGCUCGGGGGAUAGGAUCAAUUCUCUUUUCAUGAUGCUUGCUGCCAUGCUUGCUGGCGUUAGCCUAUCACCACAGGAACUUGACAUAGCAAAUCGUAUGGUUGUCAGCAUAGACUCGCAGCCGGAGGAGCAGUCACCAGCCUUGUGUGCCUAUGAAACGGUUGUAAUGAAGAAAAAGGACGCUGAUAAAUGCGUCUUAAUGUAG